GCAGGCCUCGCCCUCUCCGAGCAGGGGCUGCCUUUCUGCGACUCGGGCGCCGCGUUGCGUCCCGCUCCUCUCCACGCGUCUCCGGCGCCCCUCCCCUCCGCUGCCGGUUCUGUCUCGGGUGGAAGCGAGGGGGUUGCUGCUGCUGCUGCUGCUGCUGCUGCCCGGCCGAUAGCUCCCUUCUCCCGCUCGCUUAGCUUAGCCGAGCCGGGCAGAAAGACAACGUCGAUUCCGGCCGCCCCAGCAGCGCCCAAGUUCCCUCGGGCACCUCCCCGCCGUGCGCCUUCGCCAAACCCGCUCGGAGAUGGCCGAGAAGCUCAGCCGCCCCCGCCUCCUCUUCCUCCUCCUCCUCACCAUCGCCGCCCUGAGUGAGAGAGGAUAUGCUGAUGACUGGAGUUUAGAAGAUGCGCUCACUGACCAGCCGACAAAGCGACCUACCCACAAGCCCAAAAAGCUUUCUUCUAGUGGAACAGGUGAUUUUGACUUGUCUGACUACUUUGAUGACCCACUGGAGACAACCACAAAGCCAGCAAAGGUGACCACUGGCCCUUAUCCGAAGAAACCAGAUGAUAGCCGCUGGAAUGUACAGUACACCACUACCACCAGGCAUCCAAAAACGACCAAGACACCACCCAAAAAACACCCAACCAAAGAUCCCAUGGAUUUUGACUUAAGUGAUGCCUUGAAGGACUCAGAUGAUGGUCAAGGUGGUGGGGCACCAAUUGUGAAUCCUGGUGGAGGCUCCAAAGGUAGAGGUGGAAGAGGUGGAAAACCUGGUAUUUCUGAUGAAGACUUGGCUGGAAUUCUGGAUGAUGGAAAGUACCAGCCAGACAAGAAGAAAGGGGGCAGUGGUGGUGGCAGCAGUGACAGCAAUUAUAAUGAAGGUGCCCUAAUAGAGACAGGGACGAUUGCUGGUAUAGUCAGCGGCCUUGCUAUGGCUUUGAUUGGUGCCGUGAGCAGCUACAUCUCAUACCAGCAAAAGAAGUUCUGUUUCAGCAUACAACAGGGUCUGAAUGCAGAGUACGUAAAAGGAGAAAACAUGGAAGCAGUGGUGACUGAAGAGCCGCAAGUCAAAUAUUCUGUCCUAGAGCCACAGUCAGCAGAGCCACCUCCGCCGCAAGAGAACGCAAAGGUCUAAACGGUCAGACUUGGGCUGGAAAGGAUUGGUCAACGGCAACCACGUACACGCUUCUCACAUGCUUGUAAUUUAGCUUUUUACAAAUAUUUGAUUUGGAUCCAAAGCUAUUUAAUGUGUGUUCUGACUAGGACAGGCUUCUUAUUGUGGUAGACUGUAGGCAGGUUGAUACGUUUGUUCCUUUUUUCACCAUUUCUGUUUUUCGUGAAGAGUUGUAGGUUUACAUCGACUUGAUCAUGUAGGAGUUUUGUCAGGUUGAAUACAAACUACAAGGGUGCUUCAAAGUGAUGUUUCAUAUUAGAUGUAGGGAUUUUCAUUAAUGAAGAAAAAAGCAGCUGGGGAUAGUGACUACAGGUGUGAGAACAAUUGAAGUGCCUGUAAAUUAACAAUCCAAAGCAAACCAUUAAAAAAAACCUUUGUAGAAAUGUCUUUCAGCUACAUUGGCUGACGGCUAUGAGUACAUGGCUUCUGCUGACUCAAGCGGAAGUCUGUGGAUGUUGGAGGGCAGAGCUUUGCCUUCUGGGUAGUUACACCUCAAGAUAUUUAAGUGCCUGUGGGGGUUGGUCUUCAUUUGAAAGCCCGGCCUGUUGGCAGAAGACAGCAAGUAAACAGCAUCCCCCUCUGACUGGGCUUCAGUAUAGCUGUAGCAGUAAUCCUCAUCCUUUUGAUACCAGAACCCUGUGCAAGUAAUUGUUGUGUGUGCAGUGCUUCCUUUAGCAGACCAAGGAUGUUUCAGAGAUUAAACUCCAGCUUGUACAUAACCUGAGGGCAAAGAAAUGGUGUCCUGUUCUACACACUCUCCUAAGUGCAAAUUCUUGGGUGCCAGAUUAUGUUUCCAGUUUCUCCAGCUUCAAGGCUUGCAUGUUUGAAUUGCCGGGUGGGCAAGAACUGUUGCAGCCAGAUUCCAUCUGAAGCUGUUUUAUGUGGUUUGCAGGGAUCCAUUCCUAGGAUCCUUUGCAGUGUGGCAGAGGAUGUUGGGUACAACUGUUACCUUGCAUUCUUUUCCUUGUUUUACCAUUAAAUUUGAUUAAGUACAAUGUGGAUUUCAGGAAUCCAGUGACCUGUUUCUGGGUGAGGACAAUUUAGGCGAGGGACAUUAAGCCACAAAAUGUAAUGCUGUAACAUGUAUUACAGAUCAAAAGUUCAGUAGUUUUUAUUUUGACAAGGCAAAUAGGAUUUCAAAGCACACUAAUAUUCAUAGAAUUCCUGGUCUGUAGUUUACUGCAUAUCCUAAUAAUCUUCCACUUCUAGGUCUAGUCCAAUCUAACAGUGGUAAAACUGUAUAAUAAAGCAAAGGGAAGAAUUAAGCAGUGCCAGUCCAGGCCUGGUUUUAUCACAGGAUAAUCUGUCUACAUGCAACCUAGCUAAGCUGAUGGCCAUUUGAUUCUCUUUAAAAGAUGCAGAUGUUGCAAGAGGGCAUACAGUGUGCCCAACCUGAGCAUAAUAAUGUAGCUAAGAUUUAGUAAGAGCUUUGAGAAAGAGAAGUGAGUCUGCCAAUCCUUCCUCAUCUCCCUGAUGAAAUCCUAGUCUUUCUUUCAGUUUAUUAUUAGAAGCAUCCCAGCACUGAGCCACACUACCUGAGACCUUUACAAAGUGAAACCAUGGGUGAAUCUGGAGCCUUCUCCUUGCAAAGCGUGCACUCUGAUCAUUGAACUGUGGAGCAACCAAGACAGGAAUCUGGCCCCACUUGAAUAUUUUUACAUGAGGUUCGCAGGAGUCUCUCUUUUCCACUGUUGUAGCAAGAAUACAUUUUUAUUAUCUUAGAACAAUGAGUGAAUCGUCUGUGUCGUCAGUGAGUCAGCAAGGAAGGGUGAGCUUUUUAUAAAAAGAAAUUAUGCACAUUUCCCUAAUAUACUGGUGGUGGUAAGAAAGAACUUGUACAGAUCACACCUGUCCUGUUUCUUUGUAGACAACCUUUAAAUUGAAAGGAUAGAAGUUGGACACUUAGUCAUCUGAGCUCUUCUCCAAGUAGCCUGUCAUGCAGCAUAUGACGGUCACUUAAUCCAUGCUUAUCUUGUCAUCUGAAUACUAAAAUACCUUUCCAAACCCCCAGUUUGUAUCGGGGUCCUUUCUUAUAGGUACAAGAAUCUAGAAACAUUAGCACCCUGCUCUCAGCUAGGAAGAUUCACUCAUUCACACACAGGCUGAUGUGGAUGCAGCUGCAUAUCUGGAGCCCACUAAAUCAGGUUAAUAUAAAGGGACAUCCCACCAGUUGUUACCUCUAGUGGGUGACCCAUCGUUAAAGCUGGAUCAGGACUUAGGGGUGUAACCAGAAGAGGAAAUGUUGGCACUCCAAUCUUAUAUAUGUUUACUUAGGAGUAAAUCCCACUAAUAUUGGUGGAAUUCGCUUCUGUGUAAGGGUGCUUAAAAUUGUAGCCUAGAUGUUUAACAGCUUUGCAAAUUCCUUCUGCUCUGUUUUUGUUUCAUUGUGUGUGUUUCAAAAGCCUUACAGUAGCUUUAAAGCAAGAAAGAAAUACACAUCUUUUGAAUGUAUUUAGCUUUCCUAAAAAUGCCGUGAUAAGCUUCUUUCCCCAGAGGUCUCAUUUUACUGUUGGCUUCCAUGGGACUAAAACAGGGGACAUCAAAGAAGGAAUGCAGUUCCAUUGCUUUUUGAAGGGCGUUUCACACAGUACAGUAACCAGAAUGGAGGCUGAUGUAAAUCACUUGUGCAUGGCAGUAUGUCGUAACACCAAGAGUCUCCAUAAGAGUAGAGCAGAGCCGUACCACCAUGUGAGUGAUUUUUGGUGGCUUCACGUUGGCUGUUGCCUUUCGAUUCUGUAGAGUAGAUUUUAUAAAGGAAGGUUGUGGUUUGCAAAGUUUGCAGAGCACAAAUGAGCCCAAUACUAACAAGACCACACAGCUGAAUUUUUACAUGAUACAUUUCCAACUAGCAUUUUUUUAAAAAAUAAUUUUAGUCAAGUAAAUUUUAAAAAAUCAGUAGCAUAAAAAUAGUGCAUCUUUAGAUAAAUAGUGAGGAAAUGUGUUACUGUGACACUAGUACUUUCACUAGGUGUCCUUUUCUUGGAUAAAUGAAGAUAAUUCCUUAUUGCCAAUAACGGAACAUGUUUCUGUAGAUGUAAGUUGUCGAUUUUGUUGUAUUUCUAUUACUGCACUGUCCAGCCGCUGAUCUGAAGCUAAAAAUACAGUGCAUCUGAGUGUUAAAUAUAACCCACUAACCACUUAGACAUUUGAAAUAUGUAUAUGUAAUGCAUUUUUUUUAAAAAAGUAAACAAUUCCACUAAGGGAAAAAAACACCAGAUUUUCAUAAUGUGGCAAUACAUUAACCUUUAAGCUGCUUCCUUCCCCAAAGGCUUUUUAUAUGAAUUUGGUAAAUGGUUAUGCCUUAAUGUAAAAUUUAGGUAGAAUAUAAAAAAGCCAGAGUAUAGAAAAUGCACAGCACUUGCUGUGGCAUAAUUCAGUAUCCAGCCAACAGGGCAAUUAUGAUGAUUACUGAUGGGAACCAAUUGACUAAUAUAUGUUUUUAAAAAAAACAGCCAAUCCUAUCCCCAAAGGAUCCCGCCCCAAGCUGACUGGCUGUCACAGCAUUCCCCACUCAGAUAUCUAUGGAGAAACUCUGGUUGUACUCACUGGAGUAGGCACUGAAGGGUGCUGAGAUAAGCCUGGGCCCUUGAGAAGCAAUACAUACCCCGUCUCCCCACCCCACUACAUCUAAACUGGAGGUCAAAGACAAGGAGGCCCUGGAGUUGCUGGCAGGCCAUGCCCGGCAUUCCCGUUCCUUCUCAGAGCAGCCCAGACAGGGUUCUAAAGGCUACGUUAGUAAUAACUGAAGUGGUAAAAAUGGGCUGUAGUGCUUUGGCCUACAGGGCAGACUUUAGCUUUGAAUGACUCUUUGCUUUAAAAAUUCCAGGCAAAUAGAGAACUUGCACUGCUGAUCAACCCACUCCUAGCUUUCUAUGCUCAUGUUCUGUUUGUAGGGACGAGUUAUAGAAAGGAGUACAUGCCAAAAGGCACGGUGCAGUCUAUCCUACCGCAUGCACACACAAACCAGGCCCCAAAUGAACCAUCAGCUAUCUUUAUUAAGGGCUUAGUAGCUCUCAGAGACCUCACCUAGAGGUCUUUUUGUGUCUGCUCUUUAAGACCCUAGAGAAGGUAGCGAUUAAACCUAGGACCUUCUACAUGCAAGGCAUGUGUUACCCCCGCUCCCAAUCUUUCUGCCAUUGUCUGCAACCAACCAUAUACUUGGCUUUUUCUGGCCAAUGUCUCUGUAGCAGUGCCAGCUCUAUAGUGCUACACCUCCAGAAGGAAUCCAUUUCUGUUAUUCUACUCUGUUUUAUAUUCAUAAUUAAAACUAACUGCGUUCUGAAAUGCUACAUAAAUACACUCGGCCAGAUGUGCCAGAAUACAUCAAAUAACAUGUCUUCCACUGGGCCAAAGAUAUAAGACCCCCACUUCUUGUGCCCUGAAUUUAUAUAUAACAACAACAACGGGGGUGCGGGGAGGGGAGAGAAACAGAAGAGAAAAGGAAAAUGGCUGUGGUAUUUUGUAAAUUAUGAGAACAUUAAGUUGCUUGAGAGCUGGCUGGCUUUAUACCUUUUGCUCUUAACAUCUCCCUUUGGCAAAAGGUUUAAGGCCAUAUCUUUGACUAGUAGGCAAGUCACUAUUCUUAGCUUCACUGGGAUUAUCUGCUCUUAUUGCAUAAAUUGGUAUUGAUCCAAGAGACGAAUGUAACUUUACUAAUGGAAAAAGGAAGCGCAAGUGAAAGAGAUAAGCUGGGCAAGAAAUGAGAAGAAUGCGAGGAGCAGAUUUAAAGAAUAGACUGUGUUCAAAAGAACCAAGUUUUAUUUAGGCAAUACAUACCUUUGCUAAUACAGAAAUGCUUUAUCCCAGAUGAAAAUUGUAUAUUAUGCUGUCAAAAGGCAGACACAUUUUGCUAAAGUGCAUAUAAGAAUUAUGGGGGAGGGAAAUCUGAACUUGAUUGUUGAACUACAAACUGGAAAACAAUAAACCGAAGACUGACUUGUA